GUUGUGACCAAGACAUCGUACUGUUAAUACAGUUUCUCCUUCAAUACAAAGGAAAAUAACAAGUGAAAGUUAAAACAACAGAGAGAGAGAAAAAUGAAAUUCGUUGUGUUUGUAUGUGUUUUGUGCUCCUUGUUGGCCUGGAAUGAAGCUGCCAUUGGCAAGGCCCGUUUUAAUAAUCCAACGAAUCCCGGCAAAUGUACCAUUGAUACAAAUUUCGUAUUGUCUCCCGGCGAGAAGGCUAAAGCCCCCAACAAUCCCUGUGCUGGUGUAACAUGUCUGGAAAAUGGUUAUGCCGAAUUCAAAACAUGUGAUGCUGUGGCACCACCUAAAGGUUGCAAAUUGCGUGAUUUUGUCAAUAUCAAUCGCAGUUUUCCCGAAUGCUGUGAGCGCACCUAUGAUUGCACCAAACAAAUUUAAGGGAAAACAAGCAAAAUUAGCCACCUGAGAGAAGAAAAAAAGAAGAACAAAUAAAAAAAAAAUUAACAAAAAAAUUUAACAAAAAAUAAUUGAACGAAGACAAAAAAACAAAGAAGACCACUAUUUUUAAAAAGGCAUAAAAACGCGGAUCUUUUGCUGCUACUACAUCACAAAGAAAAAAAAAAUUUAACAUAAAUUUUGUGAAACAAAAACAAAAAACAAAUCAACAUAAAUUCAACGUAAACAAAGAAAGGGGUGUGUCGCCAUCGUCAUAGUAGUCUCUUUGUCUACCUCUCGAAACAUCAGUCAUCAGCCACCAUCAUCAUCAUUAUCAUCAUCUGCAAUAGUAUUGUCAUGUUUAUGAAGAAGUAGAUUGCCGCGUAAUGUGAUAUUCAGUCUCAUCGGCGCAUGUGCGCAAGUAGGAAGCUGUUA